GGUAUUGAUUUACUCUGCUCUGCUGCCUUAGUUCAGAAUCGUAGAGGAGCAGGCAGGCAGGCAGGCAGGCAGGCCAGCAAUAUGGCCGAAGACACUUAGGUUUCUCGUGUUCUGAGCUAUAUCUUUCUGUAACGCCUGUAUCCAAUCCAAUGACCCACGCUGGCUUCUUUUGGUGUCCCCUUCAAGAAGGAAACCUUACCCAACAGAGACGGGAGGAUGAGACAAGACGAUAGUUCUGUGUUCACUGUGUUGUGAUUCUAGGUUAACGUGAGUGAAUUCCCUAUCUCGUCGCUGCAACGUGGAAGGAAUUGAGCAACAACCCCCUGUCUUCGAACUAUUGGGGAUAAAAGAAAUCCAGCUUAAACAUGGACAACUAUACCUUCGCUUUCGCUGGACCUGGCUUCAAGAACAAAGCGCGGUCUUUUAUGUCCCAGUUUUCUGACUCGUUCAGCGCCUUUUCCAAGUACAUCGCCCCGUCCUAUCAUCAUGACAGAUGCGAAAGAUCUGUCCAGAUGCGCUUGUACUCUCUGAACAAGAGACAGUUCUUCCUUGUAUUUGUUACUUUCUUUGUCUGCUUCCUUAUCAGCAUCCUGGUUGGCAUUGCAGGUCCUCACAUCAUUGAUUCCAACACUGUCAAUGGCACUACAAUGUUUAAGGAGCCAGAGAACAAGCAGACGGGCCCAUUUCGUCUACGAUCAACGCCAAUGUCCACAUUUCACCAACAGCUUUGGCUCAUCGCUCAUGUCACCACUGCUGAAAGUAGAGGUUCCAAAUUUGAGCAAGACUUUAGCAUGGGGAUCCUGAUCCGAGGUGCCAACGGGGAUGCUCAAAGCUUUCAGGAAUCGGACAACCCAACUCUCAGCUCAGAUAUGCACAACCGGACACGCAAGCUGAAGUGCAGCCAUACGGUCUGUGAGGAUCUGAUUGUCAUGCAUCUGGGCUACCUGGAUUACACGUACUACUUCAUCUCUGUGGUCUUCUAUGACCUGGACGUCACAAAGCUGGCUAUCAGGGAUGUCAAGUUCACUUUCAAAAGCUACAACCCAUCCUUCACCCAGAUUGAGAUCUGGAUUCGCUUUGUCUUUCUGGUGUUUACCUUUCUGACAACAUGUUGGUUUGCUCAUAGCUUGCGCAAGUUUUCCCUUCGGGACUGGUCCAUAGAGCAGAAAUGGAUGUCGGUACUUUUGCCUCUCCUGCUUCUCCAUAAUGACCCAAUCUUCCCCCUGACGUUCCUGGUGAACAGCUGGCUGCCGGGCAUGCUGGACGGGCUGUUCCAGGCCUCCUUCCUCAGUGCCUUGCUUCUCUUCUGGUUGUGCAUCUACCACAGCGUCAGGCAGACGGACCGUCGUUUCGUCAAGUUCUACCUGCCCAAGAUCAUCAUCGUUGGCCUGAUCUGGCUGUGUGCAGUCACCCUGGCCUCGUGGCAGGAGUAUAAUGAGCUGCAGGACCCCACGUUUUACUACAGGCUAGACACCACCAACUUUGAGGGUUUCAAGAUCAUGUUCUUUGUGGUCGGAGGCUUCUAUUUGUUGUACCUUCUGUAUUUGUUGGUGCGGGCAUAUGCAGAGCUUAGGCUUAUGCCCUACUUUGAUCUACGUCUCAAGUUCAUGACGGCUCUGAUGGUGAUCGUGGUGUCCAUCACCAUCGCCAUCACGGUGAUGCGCUUCGGCGGCGGUGUGCUGCAGGACAACUUUGUGGCCGAGCUGUCCACCAACUACGAGAACUCGGCCGAGUUUGUCUCCUUCUACGGCCUGCUCAACUUCUACCUGUACACCAUGGCCUUUGUCUACUCACCCUCUCCUAACGCUAUGUUUGAGACUCAUUUCAAAGACAAUCCAGCUCUCUCCAUGCUGAAUGAUUCUGAUGAGGAGGUUCACUACUCAUCUGACACAGAGGAGACCACUCUCACUAGAACUCGCAAUAAUUUACUGGACAGCGACGAGGAAACCUUCCGGUAGUGGACAUCCUCGAUAUGCGAGUUGGAUGUGUCUGUGUGUAUGUGUUCUUCUGUUACUCUGCUGUUGUUGGACACAAGUGUGUAUGAUGUUGUGUGUGUGUGUUUGUGUGCGUUGCAUGCCUUCCAUGCUGCUGUGUCAGAGCUGAGUCGUGUGUUGGAGGAGACUGUGUGCUUCACUAUUGAUGUGUUUUGGGAGAGACAAGGAUCAUGGUUAGUGCCAAUGAUGUGACUUCAUCAAAGACGAAAUCUUUUAUUCACAUGCCUCAUAGUCUUUACUAGGGAAGACACACACACCCUCCCCCGCGAGUAUUUUUUGUUCUCUAACUUAAGAGUUUCAGUUUUGAAUGAUGUCCUGGCUCAAGAUUUUGACAUGUUGGGUCAUGUGCACACUGUGUUAGUGAACACAUCCUGUCCGAGGGUGGCACUUAGAAAAGUGACUAGGGUUGCAGGGUUGAAUGUUUACCAGAGUAUGUAAGGCUUUUCUUGAAGAGUAAUGUUUAUAUUGAUAUACCAUUCAAUCCCCAGGUAAAGAUAUUCACUGAAAGUGCUACAGAGUAUUAGAAAUUUUCCUUUAGAAGUAACAGUUUGUUAAACAUCACUGAAUCCCUCAGUCAUGACUUUCAUUUGCUCUCUAGGUAAGUGCUUUUCUAUACAGCAGAUGGCUUGAGCUGUCUUUGAAAACCCAUGUCUAAAUUGAGGGAUAAGGUCCAAAACUUUUUAAAAAAAAUUUUUUCCUUAUUACUACCGGAUUCCAGUAGAUCUACAUGUGCACUUGUUGAAGCAAAACAAAAAUUUGUUUUAAUGUUUUAACUUUGGAAGUUUUUUGGGGGUAUUUAAAGUUUGCUUACAUGAACAUAUGAAAUGAUCAAAUUGGCAUGCAAGCAAGCUGAUAGGCUACAUUGUUUUGGUAUGAAGCUGAAACUAUUGUGCAUCAGAAAUAGUUGAUGUAUUAAAGAAAUUUUGCAGAAUACGAGGUUUAUUAGAAAGUUCAAAUAUAUAUACAGAAAGUUUAAACGGCUAUUAUAAGAUUAGGUCCAUUGCUCCCCUUUCAUUUUUCAGUAUUUUCCUUAGUUUUUAUGUUGCCCAUCAUGUUUGUUUGUUUUUUUAAAACAACAGAAGUUUUAUUAGUUGUUUCACUUUGCAGAGUAUCGUUUAAAUCAAGAUACUGUGUUAAUGAUUAUGAUAAUUGCAUUUACACAGGGCAUAUUCAUUCUAUUACAGCAUGCUCUAUGCACUUUAUAACUAUUAUUACUCCAGCAGACCCUAAAACACUCAGAAACAUUCUCGGCUUACUAUGAACAUGGCGUCUGAAUUGUCUAAUGUAUAUCAUUGUCAACCUGUUGAUAUUGGUUCAAUGAAUACAUAAUGUGGUAGUAGUAUGCAUAAUAUUAAGUUAUUUUGGUUUAAUUGUGCUCAUAUGUCCUUAUGCAGUUACGAGCGCCGUAAAACCCUCUACUAAUGAUAAUGGUUUGAUGAUAGCAUCAACAAAUUGUUUUGCUGUAAACUGACAAAAUGCCUUCUUUUUUUUUCAUUUUGGCGCCAAGUUUUUAAACAUUUGUUAAAUCGAAAGCGUGGUCAGCUACCCUACUUAUGUUUUAAAAAAUCAAAGUGAAACAGAUUAGUUUUUUAAUAAAUAAGAAUUCAGAUUUCAGAAGAACGCUAUUUUUUAAUGGUUAUGGGGACAAAAGGCGUCUUUAUCUCAAAACUGCUGUGAAUUUUUUUUGAAAAGGCGUUUUGUCAGCUUACAGCAGUGUAGGUCAUUGAAGUUGUUCUGAGACCAUGAAUGGGCUGUGCCAACUUUUUCGUGCAAUAAGAGGUGUAAGUAGUGAUGUUUUAUAGCUGAGUGAUAUCCAUGUCAGCUCCUUGGCCAUGCUCUUGUGAUGUUUGGGGGGUUUUUUCUCUUGAUAUUUCUACAUUUUACAUACUUGCUUUAUAAGUAUAAGAUACAAUAACUAUUUACUAUACCAUGUUUUUCAUUCCCACUAAGAAUCAGUACCAUUGUUCCCAUCACACUUGUUCUGUUAAAGUGGUUGGGGGGGGGGGGGGGGCAGUUUGUAGAAAGUACAGGUACAGUUACGCGCAGAUAACACAAUUGCAGGAAACUCGAAAUCAUGAAGAAUAGGUAGUACAAUUUUCCAUUCCCCAACUGAUUUCUCAUAAUUUUUGGUAAUCUUUUAGUCAGAAUUAUGGAUAUGUCAAAUGCAUUUGUGUCAUGACGCGGUGGGAUCAGGUGCUCGUCAAUUUUUGGGCGUGUGGAGUUAUUGGUAUCAUCUAAAAGCUUGUUCAUUCGUCUAUCUUUCAAUAAAAAAAUCUCCGUCUUUCUUGAAAUGGAAGUCGAGAUAUUUGCUAUUGAAGGAGGUAAAAUUGGUGAGAAAAUGGGCGCCAAAGUUUGGUGAAUUACAUAGCUUUGAGAGUGCUUAGAACCUGAAAAUGUACAUCUUGUGUGCCUUUAAUCAAUGUUUUUCAGUAAAAUCCAUGCAGAAAUGUGUUUUUAAAUUGACAUAAAAAGUGUUGAGCCAAAAAGCAAAGACUUGAUUAAAAUUAUCCAAACGCGGAAAAAUACCAGUAUCUUCAAUUUCAUUAUUUUGACGAGCGCCUGGUUUUACUGCAAUGUCUCACAUUUAUCAGUUCCUGAAAUGCACAAGUUAUCCAUGCCCGACUGUAGAUUGUUUGAUGAGAGUGAAAGCAAUUAGCUUUCUUAUUUUGGUCUUCUUGACAGUAGAGUAGCGGGCACUACUGUUUGCUAAAUGAAACAAUAAAAAUGCUGCUUGACUUGAAGUGAAUUUUAAAAGAUCUAAGUCAUCAAUAUUGUGUUCUUGUUUUGUUUUUUGUUGUUGUUUUUUUGAGUGGGAGGGUGGGAUUGUUUUGUUGGUUCUUUUUUAAAAACACAUCUUCUGUACAUUUCGGGCGAGCUGAUACAUGCAGAAAUAUAGUGUUGUUCAUGCAUGCAAAGCUGCUUUUUCCCUGAGUUGUUCCCUAGCUUCUUGUUUGUGAGAAUUUUCUGUUGAUGAGCACAUGGAUUAACCAUUUUUUCUUUGUUUGUCUUUACUUUUAGUUUUGGUUCUAAACGUUUUUUGAAAAUGAGUUCUAUCUGUGUUGCUUCAUUUAAAUGGAUCUGCAUAGAAUAGAGAUAAACGAGGUACUUUUCCAGAAAUUUUUAAUUUUAAAAAAAUGGUUGUUCUCUAACAACCAAAGUGUGAGCUUCGCUGUUCACAGGUUCACACUCACAACUAAAGGAAAACUGCUGUGGUAUCAGUGGUAUUUUUGUCCCCAAUAUUCAAUAAUAUUUCACAAAUUGGAACGACACUUUUUUUUGUCUUUAUAAUUUUUUAUCAUAUUUCCAUCUCUACAUUCCGGGAUCUUUAAUGUACUCCACUGAUUUUUUCGUCUUUUGCCUUCUUCUGGAUUACUUUUCUGUGUCACAAAAAUAAUCAGCUUUAUAUUGUCAUCCAAGAGAAAAUUUGAUUAAAGGAGUGUCAAUGUUGGAGCCAUGAUGUAAAAUAAAAGGAUGGUUUGUAAGGCAGUGACACUUUUCCACUUUAAGGUUCAAAAGAGAAUAUGUACCGUAUAUAUGGUUUGGUAACAUUUCUAGGUGACAACGCAUUUUUGGGUUUUGUGUUUUGUUUUAUGACCUGGAAGAAAAACAUAAGUUUUUGUUAAAAUCCUUUGACAGUUUUAUGUGCAAUGCAUGCUUGUAUUGCACAAAUAUUUUUUUAUCCUCCUUUUGUUUUACUUCAAAGAUUUUGUUUGUUCCAUUAUUAUAAUUUUGUGUUACCUAGAGCUCUAUGUAUAUAAUAUGUUUCUGACUUAGAAGAGCAAUAUGGCUUGUAAUAAAAAAAAGUUGUGAAUUGGAUUCCGGGCCGUGUCGGCUAGAAGUAGUAGAAUGUUGUAUCCUUAGAAAAAAUAGUUUACCUUAUUUUCCUCAGUUUACCCCCCUGCAAAUGGGUGUUUAGAAAUCAGCAGAGUCAGAAUAUUAUUAAUAUGUUAAUGUUACUGGUAUGAGCCUAAGAAGCUGCAUCGGUGUAUGUCCACUGAGGGACCAAAAUAGUGACUUUGGAUGAGCAAGCGAGUUAUCCUGAAGUCGUAUAAGCCUUCAGGGAGGUAUAUAUGACAAGAAAUAAACACUUUCACUCUUUUAAACUAUACGUUGUCAUAGGUCCAUAGCUUUCUGUAAAUAGAUAUUUAAAUUUUUUAAAAUUUAUACAGUCAAAUCUGUCCUAGACGACAAUCCAUAGUUGAGGUGAAAAGUGGUCAUCUUAGACAGAUGUCCCUUUUACACAAAUGCAAGGUUGGAAAUGUUUAUUUUUACAGGCAAUUGUCUUGGAUAGGUGGUCGCUAGAGCAGGUUUGACUGUUAUCUCAUGACCGUUUGAGUUCCUUUGCCUUUAGCUCAUCAUAUUUUGUGUGACGCAUUGUUGUAGAGUGACCUGGCCAGUAAGUGAUAUUUACUUUUUGUACCAUUUCUUCUUUCUGUCCCUUCUUUCUUUUUUUUUGUUGCUGACCUAGUGCCAAGUUGAAAUCUUGUGAACGCUGAGACCAAAAAGUAUUGCUUGUUUCCUAUUGAGUUUUUUGUUUGAAUGACAGUUGUUGUUACCUUUCUACUGUCAACGUCAUUUAAUAUUGUUGCCUGGAAAAUUAGGGUCAAAUUAGGCUAAAACAGCACCUGGACAUGGAUGGCUGGUGCCUCUAUAGGCUAAAUAAAUCAUUGAUGGUCUGGUCUGUCAAAAUGUUGAGAAAAAAA